AUGGCGAUACAAUUCCGUGCAUCCACGAAUGUCCUAGGGAUCCUCCUCCUUCCCGUCUUCUCUCCUCGACCUAUCUCGAGCCCGUCAUCCACAAAGAAGUCUGUUUUACGAUUGAUACCCUUGUCGAAAUUUGGGGACGAACUGAGUUUCUUUUCUCCCGCAUUCGACAAGAAACGGUGUUGUAUAAGCCGGGACGGAAAGUUUACUCCCAGCGACGAUAAUGAUGAAGAGCCCUUUGAACUCUUUAUUGUGGAAGAAAACGACUUGCCAGAAGUGGCCCUGUUCAUUGUCAAGGCGUUUGGUGCCGAUGCCAUCAACCUGAGCAGCAAUGAAUUCAGUGCCUUUGAAAAGAGACUAAUCGAACCAGCCAUGGACUUUUUCAAUGGCUACACGGCCGUCACUGCAUUUACCGAAGUUUUGUGGGGACUCCGCAUCCGGCAAGCCGAUCGAGUGGUCCUGUCGUCUGUGAAGGAAAUAUUGGCAUCUUCCGAGGAAGAAAAGGAGGAAGCAAUCGCAGCAAAGAUGCCUGUCACGAAUGAUAUUUCCCCUCCUCAACUACCAGAAGAUAUGACCUACAAGGAAAAGGUCGAAGCUUGCAACCGCAAGUCUCUUGUGCUUGUAUUGGCACGACCAAGUGUCAGUAAUGACAACAGCUCUAGCAAAUGGGAAUCAAUUGACUCAAACAUUGACAUCAUUGCAUCUGUCGAGCUAAGGUUACAGCCAUGCGAUGCCAAGAUCCCCUUUAGUCUUCCAUGGUGGGAUGAAAUUGAACGAAACGCGGCCAGCUUUCUUGGAAUCCCCAAAGACCAGAGCUCCAACCACUUGCAGCCUUACUUGAGCACACUUUGUGUGGACGAAACCUAUCGAGGAAAGCAAAUUGGCCGCGCCAUUGUGAGAUGUCUGGAAGACAUUGCGACAACAAAAUGGGGAUACUCUAAAAUGUACCUUCAUGUGGAUGGAGAGAAUCCUCCGGCGUUGAACCUGUACAAAAGCGAAGGAUAUGAGGAUGUAGGACGAAGAUGGAAUCCCUUUUGGGCGGGGAAGGCAGCCGAUAUUGGAUACUUUGUCAAGAAUCUUUAG